AUGCAAACAAUCAUUUUGAUUCCAAUAUGCGCUAUUGUGAUUGAAGCAAUCAAUGCGCAAAGAGAAUCUGAUAAGGAGCUUGUUUAUGUGCAAGCAAUCUGGCGGCAUGGUGAUCGAGCACCAAAUCAUUUGCCCUAUCCAAAUGAUAAAUAUAACGAGACAGCAUGGCCAAGAGGAUGGAGUCAAACGACUAAUAUUGGAAUGUUACAAAUGUAUGAACUUGGACAAUUCUUUCGAGAAAGAUACGCUUCAUUUAUUACAAAUUUUAAUAGGAAAGAUGUAAAUUUGGUAUCAUCGGGAUCGGAGCGAGCUAUAAUCAGUGGAUUAGCUAUGCUUCAUGGCUUCUUUCCAGCCAGUGGCCAAGAAGUAUGGUUACCCAAUGAAAAAUGGCAACCACUACCACUUCAAAUAGCAACAACAGAUGCUCUAUUAAGACCGACAAGUUUCCAUUGUCAAACAUAUGAUUUUGAGAGUGAAAAGGAGAAUGAAAUGUUAUACAGAAAUAUAAGUGAGAAGUAUGCUGAUUUCUUUGAUUUCCUUGCCACUGUCACUGGACAUAAAAAGAUGAAUUUCAAAAAGGCUGCUUCUUUAUUUGACAUUCAGCGAGAGAUAGAUCAUAAUAUGACACAACCAUCAUGGGUAUAUCAAGUUUGGCCUCAAUUUGAUAAUGAGACCACAAUUGAUAUAAUAAGUAGUUUGAAGAGAAUUCGUCGUAUCUCAGAAUUUAAUUCACCAAAAAAGGCUCAGUUACGUGGCGGUUUAUUAAUGGAAGAUUGGAUUGAUCGAGCUGAAAAUAUAUCACAAGGAUUACCUGUUAUUCCACGUAAAAUUAAGCUUCAUUCUGCUCAUGAUGGCACAAUGUUGGCGCUAAUGCAUGCUUUGGGUGUUAACAAUGAUUUGCUUAUUCCAUAUGCUUCGUGCGCGAUAAUGGAAAUAUAUAAGACGGCGAAUAAUCAUACAACGAUUAGGUUUUUCUACAAGAAUGGAACCACCGUCUAUCAGUUAGCAUUACCCGGCUGUCCUUUAAAUGAUAAUUGCACAAUUGGGCAAGUGAAAAAAGCAGUUGCUACAAGAAGGGUUCAAAGUUUACAACAAUUAAACGAGGCAAAAAUUUUUUUCAUGAUAUUAGAACCAAAUAUUCGUUUAAAAAAAUUCCUACCGAUCCCAUCUGAUACGAAAAAUUUGGAAUCAUAUUUAAUAUGCUUGAAUUUUAGUUUCUCCUUCAUUUAG